AUUGCAGGUUGGGUGGGGGAAAUCAAAAUGGCCGCGUUAACGAACAUAACCUUCAAAAAACGUUAGACUCUGACUCCGUAGGGAAGUCUUUUUCUUGUUCUUUCGUUAGCAAAAUUUUCGAAUAAAUAAAUUAUAUGAAGAAAUGACGGAAACUGUAAAAAGUGUGAUAACUAAUAGAGAUCGUGGUUGUCUCGGCUGCAGAUUAAUCAGUGGUUGUGGUCUUUUUGGAUCCGGAAUGUACGUUUCGUAUCACUCAAAAAAGUUCCAAAAGCUCCCCGGAAAGUCUAUUAUGCUUACUGUCGGUGGUGCUCUAAUGGCACUUGGAACAGCGAGGGUUUUUGAUUUGCCACCCUUCCAAAACCAAUUUAAUCACGAAUGAGAAAAUGCUGAAUGUGUGGAGUGUGGAUUGGGUGCUGUGUUUUGAAAUAUUUUAUUACUAAAAUCAUCUGUACAUUAUUUUGGCGAAUUAUAAAUUUUUGCUUGUGUAAAUAAACUAUUAUAUAAA